CCGAGGAGACGGAGAGGAGGACACCACGGGAAACGGCUCUCCAACGGGCGGAACUCGGGAGACACUUCGACCCCAAGUCCUGUCAACUCAACCAGACAUGAUUUACCGCUGUCAUAACAACUGGACGGACUUUAUCUCUGACAGCUGAAGCUACGAGCUGUUUUAAAACGCUCCUUGAUCCUCAGCAGCAGCAAUUGAUAAAAAUACAAUGGCAGAAGCUGGGAAACCUUCAACCGGAGCAACCAGUGUAGAUACCAUGGCAGAAGGUGGGUGCAGAGAGAAACAGCGGCCUUCACUGAUCCAGAGGGUGGAAACAAUAGCGUCUGUCAUAGAGCUGCUUUUGGAAACACUGGCUGGUUUGAGUGUCAGGGAGCUCAGGAAGUUCAAGACGGUCCUGAGUCAAAAUCACCUCCACGGACGCUUCUAUUGGAGGCAGCUGAGGACAGACAUGCAGGACACAGUGUUUUUAAUGGUGCAGAUUGAUGGCCAACAGUCUGUGGAGACGACCAAGGAGGUUUUAAAGAAGAUGAAGAGGACUGAUCUGGUGCAGAGGUUGUCAGACAGCAGCAAACGAACCAAAAAAAAACACUCAGUGGAUGAACACCUGUCUGCACUGAUACACAAAGUGGCAACAAUGAGGGUGUUUAAAGAACUGCUUUUGGAAACACUCCGUGAUUUGAGUAACGUGGAGCUCAAGAAAUUCAAGUGGUUGCUGAAGUUUACGUUCUUCCAGAGGAACAUUGAACUCAUCUCAUGGAGAGAACUGAGCCCUCCACACAUCCCAUGGAGUGAACUGGAGUUGACCAACAGUACAGACCAACUGGUUGAUGUGAUGUUGGAGAGAUGCGGUCAACAGUCUGUGGAGGUGACCAAGCAGGUUUUGAUGGACAUUAACAGGACUGAUCUGGUGCAGAGGCUGCCAGAGACCAGCUCAGGACAAGAAGCUGCAGGAUCAUCAGCUGAAGCUUUUGGUGUGAGAACCAUAGAGAGAGAGAAACACUGUGUGGAUCAACAUUGGCCUGCAUUGAUCCAGAAGGUGGAGACGAUGACGUCUGUCAUAGAGCUGCUUUUGGAAACACUGGCUGGUUUGAGUGACGGGGAGCUCAGGGAGUUCAAAGAGGUCCUCCUUCGUCAGACUGACCUCUGCAGACACCUCUCAGACAUGCCAAUGAUACUGUGGGAGAAAGAAGACCGGCAGGUCACAGUGUUUUUAAUGGUGCUGACUGACGGCCAACAGUCUGUAGAGAUGACCAAGCAGGUUUUAAAGAAGAUGAAGAGGAUUGAUCUGGUGCAGAGGUUGUCAGACAGCAGCUCAGGACCCAAAAAGCAACACUCAGAUGAACACCGACCUGCACUGAUCCAGAAAGUAGCAACAAUGGCAGCUGUUAAACAGCUGCUUUUGGAAACUCUGAAUGAUUUGAGUGACAAGGAGCUCAAGAAAUUUAAGUGGUCCCUGGAGUGGACUGUCUCCCAGAAGAACCUUCCAGACUUCUCACCAGAGUUGAGUGACACCACAAACAGAGAAGAAAUAGUGGAUGUGAUGUUGCGGACCUACAGCCAACAGUCUGUGCAGUUAACCAGGGAGGUUGUAAAGAAAAUGAACAGGACUGAUCUGAUGCAGAGGUUGUCAAAGCCCAGCUCAGAACUCAAAGAGAAACACUCAGUGGAUGAACAUCAACCUGCAGUGUUGAAGAGAGCAGCUGUGAAACAGAUUCUUUUGGAAACACUGAAGGAUUUGAGUUAUAAGGAUCUUGAGAAAUUCAAGUGGUUGCUGCGGUUCACACAGUUCCAGAAGGGCCUUCCACACAUCUCAUUGAGCCGACUACAGGGAGCAGGCAGUGCAGACACAUUGGUGAAUCUGAUGGUCCAGACUUGUGGCCAGCAGUCUGUGGAGGUGACCAAGGAGGUUUUCAUGGACAUGAACAGGACUGAUCUGGUCAACAAGUUGUCAGUCAUCAGCUCAAGAAUCAAAGAGAAACAUCUAUAUGAACCGCUCCAGAAAGAAGUCACCAUGACACCACUAAUGGAGAAGCUUUUGGAAACACUGGAAGAUUUAAGACCGUGGGAGCUCUGGGAGUUCAAGCGUGUCCUACAGCACACUAGAAUGGAGAAAGGCCUCCCUGAGAUCUCAAGACAGAGAAUGGGGAUGGCAGGUAGAGUUAAAAUAGUGGAGCUGAUGGUGGAGAUUUACGGCCAACAGUCUGUGGAGGUGACAAGGGAGGUUUUAAUGGAGAUGGAGAGGAACAGGAGGGAGAGGGAGGAGAUGAACAGGAGGAGGAUGGAGGAGAUAAAGAGGAGGAUGAUGGAGGGGAACAGGAGGGAGAGGUGGAGGUUUUCUCCCUUCAGCUUCGGACUCAAAGAGGAACAUCCGUCUGAACCGCUCCAGAAAGAAGUCACCAUGACACCACUAAUGGAGAAGCUUUUAGAAACACUGGAAGAUUUAAGUCCCGGUGAGCUCGAGAAAUUCAAGCAUGUCUUGCAGUACACUAAAAUGGAGAAAGAGCUCCCAAAAAUCCCACGACACCAAAUGGAGACGGCAGACAGAGAUGAAAUAGUGGAGCUGAUGGUGAAGCUCUACGGCCAACAGUCUGUGGAGGUGACCUGCAAAGUUUUGAGGAAGAUGAAUAGGACUGAUCUGGCAGAGAUGCUGUCAGGAACCAGCUCAGGACUCAAAGAGAAACAUCAAUCUAAACUGCUCCAGAAGGUGGUGACCAGGACAUCACUUAUGGAGAAGCUUUUGGAAACACUGAAGGAUUUAAGUUAUGGGGAGCUCGAGCAAUUCAAACAUGUCCUACAGCGCACUAGAAUGAAGAAAGACCUCCCAGAAAUUUCAAGUCAGAGAAUGGAGAUGGCAGACAGAGAUGAAAUAGUGGAGCUGAUGGUGGAGAUCUAUGGCGAGCAGUCUGUGGAGGUGACCAGGGAGGUUUUAAUGGAGAUGAACAGGACUGAUCUGGCAGAGAGGUUGCCAGAAAUCAGUUCGGGAUCCAAAGGGUCUUCAGGAAGCUCGGAGCUUGAGGGUUGUGGAAGUGUUACGCAGGAUUCCAGUGACUGGACUAAACUUGACCCUGAAGUGAACUGUACAGAUGCGGAUGAGGCUCCAACUUACAGCCUACAGUCUGGAGCAGGAAACUUUGAAUGCAGUGUCUCUGGCUUGCGCUGGGUCUGUAAGGAAAAGGUCAGCUUUAAGUACCAGUUUUGCUCUUUGAGUGGACACUUGGAGAGGAUUGAAAGCAUGAAGUACAUGCCUGCAGGUCCCCUGAUGGACAUCACAGUCACUGCUGGGAAGUUAGAUGAAGUCCAUCUGCCACACUGGAUCUGCAUAGAUGACAAUCCUACAAUAUUAGACAAGUUUGCAGUCCUACACAUAGAUGACUGUGGAGAUGUUGUGGAAAAAGUGUCUGAGGUCACAUCGUCCCAUGUCAAGCUGUCUGAACCAGUUUUCUCUCCAAGAGCGGUCCUGAUGAAAGUCGGUGUACCUGUGAAAAUACACUGUAAUGUGCUGAUAUACAAGACCAACAAAGCAUUCCUCACUCUCCAUGUUUAUCUGAUCCCAUGUGAUCCGGGUCUACAAGAGGAAAUGGACAAGAGGGAAUUAUCCUAUGGAUACAAAAUUAUCCGAAAGCCACAUCCAGAGAGGUCCCUGAAAAUGCAAGAUCGUUUCAUCCUAACAGCAGAUUUGGACGGUGCAGACAUUUAUCCUAAAACACUAAAGCUCAGAUAUAAAAGCAGAAACCCAAAUUUCUUUGAAGUGUUCAUUGAAAAUCCAGACAAAGUCUUCAUGCUCCAGAUUGAACAAGAAAAUGAUCAUCAACCAGUGUGGACCUGUGCAAUUAGAAAAGAUGACUACCAAAGCAGCACUGGUCCUUUACCAGGGGAGCACUUUGUGGAUAAACACCAGUGUGCUCUGAUUGAGAGAGUGAGCAAUAUAAAACCAAUCUUGGAUAAUCUCCUGAGUGAAAAGGUAAUCCAACAAGAAGAUUAUGAUACAAUCAGUGCCAUCCAAACCACUCAGGAGAAGAUGAGGAAACUCUAUAGCGGUGCCCUGAAAGCUGCAGGACAUGACGGCAAAGAUGUCUUCUACAAAAUCCUUGAGGAGAAGGAGACGUAUCUUGUUGCUGAUCUCAAGAGGAAGGCGUCAUAAAUACUGUGAUCAGGGUAAAUUUGCUCUUGUGACCAAACACACUGGCUAACUGAGCAAAACAGAACAAAACCAUUUUAUAGCCUGCAUUUGUAAAAAUAUUCAUCCUGGUGCCAUAUCCAUCUAAUCCUUUCUUUUUUUCUUUAGCAUGGUUUUUUUUUCAUUCUUUGAUAAAAUGAAUCCAAUAUGGUUGCUCAAAUACUGUAUAUUAUGUUGGAAAAAGACAUAUAUUUUUGAUAUUUUAAAAUAAUUAUAUGUAUAUUUUUUAAAUGUAAAUGUCCACUCAGGUUUUAACUCUGCACUCAUCUACGCCACUAUGGUCUGCACACAGAACACAAACAGUUAUAUUGUGUUACAUUCCUGCCGUCAGACUGUGGAGCUGACCCUUUUAUAUCUCUUAUUUUGAUUCUACACAAAUAUAAUAGCUUGUUUACAAUCACGACGUGGACACAGUCAUCAUUACAAAUUACCUUGUCCGUCAGACCUCUUAAUGUUGCUCAUGUUACUCUGUGAGCCGAUGAAAGCAUCCAAGUGUUGGUAGACUUUGCCUCCAGCUGCUCUCCAUCUGGACAGAGCACCAAUGUAUUAUGACAUAUGCAAAGACAAAAUCAUGGCUGUGGACUUUCUAAAAACAUGUUUACAAAUUGUCUAUUUGUCUGGCAUUUGUUGCUUUUCAAUAAAUAAGAUGUCUUGAUAUGACUUUAUUCUUA